AUAUAAUAUAGAUUUUUUUGCAAGGUUUGGAGGGCCAAGGCCUCAGCCCGCCCCCUCCUAUCUCCGUCUCUGGAUAAGGCUCGCCUUUAAAGACCGAAGUCCGGGCGCUAAAGUUUGCAGCUAAUAGGGAUAGCACAAUGAAGCUUGCUGUUGCCGUCGUCCUCUUGGCCGCCCUCGUGGCCUCGUCCCACGCUUCUUCGCGCGUGGAAGGGCCCCCAUUCCCGCUCCCCAUUCACUUCCUGCGCCCCUUGUCCGGCUCCGGUGGGCACCCGCUGAUCGGCGUGUCAUGCGUGAGCUGGCGCGUCGGGGUGGAAGCCAACAACGUGCGGGAUUGGAAGACCAUCCCCAGCACGUGCGAGGGGUACGUGGGCCACUACAUGCUCGGUGAUCUCUAUCGCCAGGACUCGGCACUGGUCACCGCCGAGGCCGCGAACUACGCCGAGGGCCUCAACCUCCAAGGCGAUGGGAAGGACGUCUGGGUCUUCGACAUCGAUGAGACCACCCUCUCCAAUCUCCCUUAUUACGCUCACCAUGGCUUUGGGGUCGAACUGUAUAAUGCCACAUCAUUCAAUGCAUGGGUGAUGAAGGGGGAAGCACCUGCGCUACCAGAAAGUUUGGGACUAUAUAAGAAAUUAUUAUCUCUAGGCAUCAAAAUUGUAUUCUUGACAGGUAGAACCGAGGAUCAGAGGAACAUCACCGCUCAUAAUCUCAGGAUGGUCGGAUAUCACACAUGGGAAAAACUCCUGCUAAAAGCGUUAAAUGUGAGGGGCUCAAGUGUGGCGUACAAGUCAGGUAUGAGGCAGAAAUUGAUUGACGAGGGGUAUAGAAUUGUUGGAAACAUGGGAGAUCAGUGGAGUGAUAUCUUGGGACAACCCAAGGGCGAUCGUACUUUCAAAUUUCCUGACCCAAUGUACUAUAUUAGUUAGAGCAUCCGUUGUACUCUGGUUCAUUUGGAGUUUUCAUGUCCAUCAUGUUUCAAUUUCUGCAAGAUGAACUCUGGGAUGCUGUAUCUACCAUGUUCUUAAUAAACAGGGGGGCAGCAUUUUGCUACCUCCUAUUUUAAUAAAUAAAUUUAAAAAAGCUCUGGAUUGAUUU